AUGUUAGGGGCAUUUAUGAUAGGGGCAUUUAUGGUAGGGUCAUUUAUGGUAAGGGCCAUUUAUGAUAUGGGCAUUUAUGAUAGGGGCAUUUAUGAUAAGGGCAAUCAUGGGAAGGGCAUUUAUACUAGGGCUAUUUCUGAUAUGGGCGCAUAUGAUGGUGGCAUUUAUGAUAGGGGUAUUCAAAGCAAGGGCAUUUUUGGUAGAGCAUUUACAAAAAGAGCAUUAAUGAUAGGGGCAUUUAUGGUAGGGUCAACUAUGGUAAGGGCCAUUUAUGAUAAGGGCAUUUAUGAUAGGGGCAUUUAUGGUAGGUGCAUGUAUGAUAUGGGCAUUUAUGAUAGGAGCAUUUAUGGUAGGUGCAUUUACGAUAAGGGCAUUUAUGAUAGGGGCAUUUAUGGUAUGGUCAUUUAUGAUACAGGCAUUAAUGAUAAGGGCAUUUAUGAUAGGGGCAUUUAUGGUAGGGGCAAUCAUGGUAAGGGCAUUUAUACUAGGGCUAUUUAA